AUGUCUGCCUCAUCCGGAGUCAACGUCCUUCGCUACACUGCCCUCGGCCUGGGUAUCUUCUACGGCUUCUCCCACCAGCGAUCCAUCACUGCCAGCCAAAAGGCCGCCGCGGCGCAGAAGCAGUACGACCACAAGCAGCAGCUCAUCAACCAGGCCAAGGCCGAAUACGCCAAGAAGAACUCUCCCGUCGCCGCCGCGACGACUAGCUCAGCCAACCAGGACCCGCUGGACCCCAAGUUCGAUCUUGAGGCUUAUCUCACCAACCUGGCGAAGGAGAACCCGUAA